AUGCGCCUUCCACUUCUUUCCACGUUUGCCCUUGUUGGCUACCAGCAGGUCAGCGCCCUGUCUAGCCUAAGCGUCGACACAACCUCUGGCAGAGCAUACGGGCUUGUCAACGGUUCAGCUCCAGAUGUCGCUCAAUUCCUUGGAAUACCGUAUGGCGAGGCGCCUGUAGGCGAGUUACGCUUUCGCCCUCCCCAGAGGAAGCGGCGUGUGAGAGCCAUUGAUGCUACCCAGCCGGCCGGGCUGUGCCCCCAAUAUCAUGAGGACAAGGAGAACUAUCCGUCUGUCUAUACAUACGAUGCACCAUGGUUGCAGCCGUGGGGCAACUGGACUGAAGAUUGCCUCAAUCUGAACAUCUGGACCCCUUAUGACCUGGACUCGACAACAGAGCCCUUGCCUGUCAUCAUUUGGAUCUUCGGUGGCGGAUUCUACGAAGGAGGCCUGGACACUCUAGCUAUGGAUCCAUCGCAGUGGAUACAACGAUCUCAGUCGCAUAUAGUUGUCGCUAUCAAUGCACGCGUGAACAUAUUCGGGUUCCCCAACAGCAGAGGCCUGGACGAAGAAGGCUUGAACCUCAAUGUAGGCCUGCUAGACCAGCGCUCUGCCGUUGAAUGGGUUCGCGACAACAUCGAGGCGUUCGGUGGUGACCUAUCGAAAAUGGUUCUCUGGGGCCAGAGCAGUGGUUCUGCCAGCACGGACUACUACAACUAUGCGUAUCCCGAGGACCCCAUUGUCGGUGGCUAUAUCCAGCAUUCUGGGAGUGUAUUCGCAACGGGCCAGAGCAAGGAUGCCCAGAUGCUGAAUUUCUCCACUGUUGCGCAGAACGUCGGGUGUUCGAAUCUAUCAGCCAAGGAUGAGCUGCGCUGUAUGCAGCUGAAUGCCAGUGCAGUCGAUAUCAUUGACUUCUGGCAGCAGUAUAAUCUUGAGCACUCGGAUGGGCAGUUGUCAUUCACGACGAUAGUGGACGGUGUCACGAAAUUCCCAGACUACACCGAGCGAGCCAACGCUGGCAACUACUCGAAGCUGCCGGCAAUAUCUGGCACGAACUAUAACGAGAUGGCAUCGCUUAUAGACUGGCCAGGCAACGCAGGGCCCAACUUGACUGAGCUCCGUAUCGAGACACUCGGCCACCAGCAAUGUCCAGCUAACUAUAACUCGCGAAUCCGGUUUGAAACGAACUCCACAACCUUCCGCUAUCUCAACAACGCCUCUUUCCCGAAUAUCUCGCCCCGGCCAUGGGAAGGCGCCUACCACACGUCAGAGCUGCCUCUGCUGUUCGGAACGUUUAAGCGAUAUGGAAACUUGCCUCCGUCGGUGCUGGAAUACAAUACUUCAGCAAAUUGGCAGGAUCUCUAUGUGGCCUUCGCACGCGACCCUGUUGGUGCGUUGCCUGCAGCUGGUUGGCCUGCGUGGACACCGACAGGGAAGGUCUUGAUGUGGAAUCCCAAGACGAAUGGGACGACAAUUGCUGUUUCCCAGCUUAUUGAUGCGGAAGAGGUUGCUACACCUUGUAAUGAUAUUACCUGGAGUAUUCAGACGCCGUAA